AAAACAUCAUCGAAUCAAUGAACUACAUAUUCACCGAAAUUCAUAUCUCUGGAUAACCUAAAUUCUCAAGAAACGUCUAACAAACAGUUUCUUGUUAAAAUCUUAAAUUAGUAAGAAUGUAUCGUUGAAGUGUUCCCUAUGGGUACAAUGGAAAAAUUCACGUAAUGAUCGUCGUAUCGCUCCCAUAACUCGCGUGGGGUGGAAGCUUCUCCACGCCCCAUCGAACGUUCCGAGAAGACGAUCGAUCCUCGAGACGACAAAUUCCAGCUCAAAAAGAUCCAGCAAGGAUCAAGCAAACGCGAGAAACCUACCCUGGUAUUCACAGUCUGAGUGAAAUCAAUUUUUCCCUCGCAAUCCGCUCGAGAACGAGUGUAAUUGCGCCGAUUUUGUCCCUGCACAAGAAUCCCAAUUCGGUAGAGAAGAACGAUCUAACUCCAAUUUCAAAAUUAUUAUACGCCUACCCGAGAAAGUACUGAAAAUUGUACUGAAAUAUAUAGAAAAAUUACUACUGACGAUCUUGAUAAAUGUUUAUAAAAAUAUUCAGAAAUAUUGUCAUGUUUCUGCCCAAGUAGAGAGCGUAGAAAGGCUAAGAAAUUUGCUAAAUAAAUCAUCGAACAACAGAAUCAACGUCACGAUGAAUAAUCAAUCAAAUUACAACGUCCUUAACGAGGAAACACCGAAUAAACAAUCAUCAAUCAACGAGAAAACAAGCCCGACGAACAAAAUAUCGUUCCACGAGUACUUAACCAGGUUUCUCUACAAAGAUAUCGAUCAAUCACAAGAAAAAUUUAAUAACGAUGUGACCUCGGAAGAAAACAGCUCCGAUGUUGCAGGAAAGCAGCGUGAAAAAUACGCGGAGAACGUGUACGAGCGUAAAAACGAAGAUGUAACAGGGAACGACAACGAUCUACCUUCUCAUAAAUUUGGAUCAUGCUCAAAAGCUGCCAGAUAUAAUGUGGAUGAUAAUUCAGCAAGGUCGAACAUGAAAAUCAAUGAAAAUGCUGAAAGUCUACUUAUUCGUUCUUUGGCAGAAAUGUUUCUAGCAUCGAUUCUACGGGACAGCGAGGUAUUCGGACCAGAAAGCAAAGAGAUGGAAGAAAAUGAAGAAACGAAAGAGAAUUCUGAUACGUAUUUGUUCGAUGACGAAAGUCGCUCAGAAAUGUUGGCUGAUAAGCUCGAGGAACAUUUAACGUUCGCAGAGGAAAGUGAUAAAAUAUGCUCGAGAACGGAGGACGAUUAUCCUGGCGAACAGUCUGGAGUUGUUCCAGAAAAAGAGGUGAACUUGCUGGAAAAUGAAUCUGUAAUGCAUUCGAGUAAAGGGGCCACGCAAUUUCCAGUCGAAAAGAAAGAAAAGGGUGAAGAGUUUGGAUCACCUCCAGAUACGAAUUCGCUGAAAAAUUGUCGCGAUUCUGAAUCUGCGGGUUUCUCUGAUUUGUCGCCGGUCACUGAUCACGGUAAGGAGGAAGAAGACUUGAAUGCUCUUGUUCGACGCAUGAUUAUCGUCGAAUUGAAAAAGCAUCGUAAGAAAGAGGAAAUUGUACUUAAAAGGGCUCAUUCGGAUACAGAAACCGUGAUACCUAGAAAGAAACAAAACUCCAAAAGCAGAACAGGUCUGUUCAGCCUCAAAGGCCGCACGUUUUUCCGAGAUUUAUUGGAACUGGAAGAAAGUCUCCGUAGAAACAGUGAUAACGAAUCGAGCGAGUCGGUUAAAGUCGAAAUGAAUGAAGGUAUGACUAAAGCAGAAGAGUCAAUAAAUCAAGGUGAAAAUCAUUCGAAGAACGAUGUUUCUGUGGUCACCGAUUGCGCAAAUGUUUCUGAGAAUUCUACGGACGCGAUGUGCAAAACCAAUUCGAGUAUUAUGUUAAUGAGGAAAAUCCAUGUUCCUUGUUUGAAGAGCACCGAAAACGAAAACGAACAAUCGAUAGAAUUUGAAACAAUUUUUGGGGCACCUAAAGAGGAACUGAAGAGUAAAUGUACGCAGACAGAAGGUGCAUACAUGGUUCGCGCAGUGAGGAGUUGUCCUCUUCGAAAGAGACGUGUCUCGUUGCAGUUGCAACAACUGCAUCGUUUAACGGACCGCGAACCAUAUUACUCGACGAUCGUUUAUGCGAAUAAGGAUUUCUCGAGAUUCAUUUACAGAAAAGCUUCUGAUAAUCUUAUAUACGAAAAAGGUAAAGGAAGUCGCAGUCCUAGCUAUAUACCUGCUCCAGAAAGAUUUCGAUGGAAAUACCUAAUACCUAACAAAGUCAAAUAAACAAAUUAACUGAGAAUACAACAUUUCUAUUGAAUAUUGCAUUCUUUCUAGUAAAACUACUACAUUGUAAAAUUUAUUUAAUGAAAAAAAAUAAUGUAAAAAUAUUUUUCCAUUAAAUCAAAUAAUA